AUGACUUCGCAAGACGGCUCCCUCUUGGAUAUGCUGAGGUCCGUAAGCCAAGUUGACUGUGACACUCUUGACGUUGAUGUCGCUGCGGAGCUGGGUCCCUUCAGAGACCACACGUCCAACCAAGCAAUUGCAUACAAUGAGCUCUCUAAGACCACCUCAGACGGCAAGCUGCAUCAUGAGAAGCUCAUACGAGACUCCGUAGAGGACGCCCAUGGCUGGGCUCACGCCGCGUGGCCAGACAUUGACCCUAUUCUCUUGGCAGUCGACAUCAUGAUGGUCCGGCUGUCCCUUCAAUUCAUCCCGUAUUUGACGGGCUACUUUCACAUUCAGACCAACACCCAUUGGUCGUACUCAGUUGAAAAGACCUGCAAGAACGCCGAGAGGAUUGUCGACAUAUUCAAGAAGCUGGAGCCCAACUUAGACACUGCAAGAAUUUGCAUCAAAAUCCCUGCGAGCUGGGAGGGAAUCUCCGCCUGCCGCGUCCUUGAGAAGAAAGGCAUCCACACCCUUGCAACAACAAUGUUCUGUAUGGAGCAAGCUGCAUUGGCUGCCGAUGCCGGAUGUACCUACAUUGCCCCGUACGUCAACGAGCUCAAGGUUCAUUUUGUCCCUGGCUAUGUGGACGACCACAAGGCCUUUGAUUUCUGCAGGCAGGCGCAACUUUACUACGCCGAGACGAAGGCCAAGACGCAGGUACUCGCCGCCAGUCUGACAUCCGUUGCCGAGGUGAUGCAGCUGGCUGGCAUCCAGCAUGUCACCGUAUCGCCGCCUCUUCUCCGGGCUCUCGCCGCACGGUCGGCGUCAAGUUGGACGGAGCAAGUCGGCGGGUAUUUUGCGGCCGGGCCGGGCCAACCCUGGAUCAAGGACUUCGAGGCAGCUCUCAAGGAUGAAAGUCAGUGGCGCAUUGCCUUCACUCGAAGCGGGAAUGGAAAGUAUGAGGAGAAACUCAUCCAGGCCAUCAAUAUCUUUUCGGACAAGCAGGAUGCCCUCGAAGAGCUCGCGCGCCGCUUCGUUUAA